AUGGCUACAACUAACCGUCUCACUGAGAAGAUUGCUGAAGAGGAUGCCGCUCUACGUGUCGUAUCUCUCGAGAAACUAAUGGAUGGAGACAAGUCACAUGUUGAGCAUUUGCUAAAAGCCUGCACUGAGCUCGGAUUCUUUUACUUAGAUUGCCGCAGGGUCGCCUCUGGACAGGUGAUGAGAGAAGUCCAAUGUACAAGCCUGCAGGCCACGGAAACGGUCCUAUCGAGGGGAAGAAAGACGGAUUUGAGGGCCUCAUGGAAUGUCGUUCCCCAUUUCUUUUUGCUAAUCGCGAGACUAACAUUUCAAAAGCUCUUCGAGCAUCCCAUCUCCAAGAUUGCGGAUGGCGCUUCAUUUCCUGGUCCAGAAGUCAUUGCGUCCCGAUUAACACUAUUGAAGCAGGCUAUGUCGACUUUUAGAGAGAUCAGUACUUUGCUUCUAGAACGAUUGUCAAACGCCCUCGACUUGGACGGGAAACUGGCAUACCAACAAUACCACCGGAAAGAGGCCGUUUGCCCAACGGCGCUCGGCCUUCUAAAGUACACCAUUGCAGACCACGAACCAGAGAAAGUCGGCCAGAUUGCCCACACCGAUGCAGGAAGUUUGUCGAUUGUUUUUACUGAAGUUGCAGGGUUGCAGGUGUUGAAACCCAACGAAGAUCAGUGGUAUUACAUUGCACCCAAACCUGGCCAUGCUGUUGUCAACGUGGGCGACGCACUCCGUUUCAUAUCUGGCGGGCUUCUGGAAUCAAGUCUACAUCGGAUUAUCCCUCACAAAGACGAAAUGGGAAGACACAAAUACUCUAUUGUAUAUCUACUGCGGCCGGAGAUGGAUGCCGAGUUUACUGACACUGAAGGUGUUAUUUGGAAAGGGUUGGAAUGGACGAACAAGAAACACGCCGUGUUCCGAGCCGAUGCUGAGGAACAAGCAUUAGGGACAUACCUGACUGGGAGAGAUGGAUACGUGGGCUAUUGGGAUCCUGAAAAAGACAAAGAAAGUGAAACAAUCUCAGUGAGAUAG